AUGUCAGAUAGUUCCAAGCCACCCUUUACAUUCAUUUUACCUACACGUCCAGACGUGCAGUGGGACAACUCAACAACAAAGCCACCCUGUUCAUUCAUUAAACCGACACAUCCAACAACCAACCCAACAGAAGAACAGUCUGUUAAUCCGUUAAAUCUCGGAUCACCAUUCGAUUUGGGCGAAGGCAUCUCUGGAUUUCAUGCGCAUAACGAGUUCCUUUAUAUAUCCUUCGGAAUAAUUGUGUGUAAUCUACUCCCUAUUGUGUUAAUUUCAUCAAGAAAAGGCUUGCGAAAAAAACAUUCGAACAAAUUCUUUCUCAACCUGCAGAUCAGUCAUUUCUGCAUUGGUGUUGUGAAUUGCAUAUCACAGGUUUCAAACAAUGUGCAGCUAACUUUUAUUAACAACGCAUUGCUUCUUCAAGUUUUCAUUGCAUUGCAGCUCUUGACAUGUGAUCGUUUUAUUGCUAUAAAAUACCCUUUACAGAAGAUGCAAGUGAAAACUAGAUCUGUUUAUAUGAUUAUCAUUUGCGCAUGGCUUUUUUCAAUCUUGUUUGGAAUAAUUGAAAACGUGAUCCGUGUCAAACAGGAUGAUCUCGCAAAAAUAAGAGUGACAACAAUAACUGUGUCGAUGGUCACACUGACUGUAUUUAAUACUGUUGUUUAUAAAAUUGCUAAGCAACACGUAAAGAAUAGGAAUAAUUUUCAGAAUAACAGGACGGUAAAAAAGAAUGCGUUACGGGCGUCAAUUUUAUGUUUCGUUACCGUUUUCUCCUUUGUAGUCUUGUGGUUGCCGUAUUUGAUUCAUGAUGUUUUAACAAUUGCAAAUCUAUACACUCCGAACAAUGUGGCUACUGUUACUGAGGUUACUGCAGCUAUUGCUUUGACCAAUUCUAUUACGGAUCCGCUAUUGUUCAUGAUUUUUAAUAAAUCAGUCCAUCAAGAAAUGAAGCUAAUUGUGAAACCAUUGAAAGAUCAUUUGGAUAAAACACUAGACGAUAUAAUUCAAUGA